AUGUGGAGAGAUGCUCUCUCAUCUCUCCUCUCCUUCUGCAGCCUGCUCGGCCAUGCUCUUCUCACGAUGGGGAAGGCGGUGUUGUUGGCCAGUCUAUGCAACCAGCAGUAUGAUUGGGAAGCCAACUCUUACCAACCAGAAUGGAGUCCAGUGAAUCCAACGACGGAUCCGGGGAUUAACAACCCUUGUUCCUCUCCACUCGUCGUCCCGGGGACCGGAUAUGGCUACGAGCGUCGACGGAAAAAGACCCAUUCCUGGCGUAGAGGGCUAAAAAGGAAGCGUAAGCAAUUUAUGUUGGAGUGUGAUAUAAACCACUCCCUUGAAAAGAAGCGACGACUGUGUUGGAAAAAACCAGGAUGGUGCAUCCGGCUCCCUUCGUCAGCAGAAAUGGAGGAUGCGGUUGUCGACGAUACCCCGGUGGACUGGAGUGACGGUGCAACCUCCGUAAAAGGGGAUACCCCUAGCCAAAAAACAAAAAAUCAAAAUGGGAGACGCCUGAUAGUCGCCGGAGUGCGACUGCCGCGUAGUUCUAGUGGGCUCGUGCAGGAUCCCAGUCGAACGGUGGAGAGAACACUGCUCGACGUCCCCAUGGGACCCCAUCAAAUUGAAUGUCCGGUAGCUUUCUUCGCCCCUGAUUGGUGGAAGAAUGCUUGGCGACACAUUAGUGAUCGGCCGACUUCCUCCCGGCGGCGAACAAACAGUUUGGGAUUCUCGGAUAUUAUUGAACCGGAUUUUACGGCUGUCAAAGGGGAGCAUAUCUCCCGAAACUUCCGCCGGUGCAACAAACAACCGAGAACAAUAUUUUUUCGCAAGAUAUUAAUUGACAAAUCAGUUAGGGAUGCGGUUAGGGAUGAGGAUAAGGGUCGGCUCGAGAUCGAGGAUCAUGGCCAGCUGAUUGGGCAUCCGAAUCCAAACUACCUUCAUCCCCCGGAAUCCAAACUACUAGUCAUGGGAGACCCACUCUAUUUAAACACCGCCCUCUUCGUCUCCAGGAUACUGGAACACAGCGAACGAGACGCGGCAAAUACGAGCUGGACGAGUCUCACGAUCUUGUCGACCAUAUCUGGUAUCCCCCCUCUCCCGUUAUCUCUUCCCUCAUCAAUGGAAUUUUCUGCCACCGAUGCUCUGACCCUUCACCAGAAAUAUAUCGCCCCUCAAUGUUGUACCCAAAAGAUUUAG